AUGUGCAAAAGUGCUGCCUGGACGCAGUAUCUACCCCCUAGUUUACAACUACUCCGGAAAUCUUUCUGUCCUCUCAUACUCAAUCUCCUUUCAUCUCCAGAUUGUCUACGAAUCUUUUUUUCCUUUGCCCCUUUAGCCGAAGCUUGCUGGUGGACCAUCCAUCCGGCCUCGAAGCAGCGCUCGGUCGGCGAGAAGGUCAGGAUCGGAGACGACCUGAUUUUGGUCAGCGUCUCUUCAGAACGCUAUCUGGUAAGAUUUUGCACGCACUUGGCCGGAUCAGAUGGUCGUUUGGGCCAUAAUAAGAGACAUGGUGUGACACUGUCCAUUGGAUCAGUUUUCCCCGUUUUGCGCCUCUUCCUUGACUCCCGCCUUCCCCUAUUUUCCCGACUGAUUAAACAGACUAGUUUGGCCGAGUGGACAUUAUGCCCAAUUUUUAGUUCACGCCAACAGAGCCAGAGAUCAACUAUCGACCUGUCCUGA